GAAGUUAUAGUGAGGUGAGGACUGAAAACAGCUAAACCGACAACUCAGUUGUGCUAAGGCAGUAAAUACUGUUGAUCGCAAAAAGUACAAACGCAAACCAUGAUUAGAAAACUUUCAUCAAACACUAUUAGACAAGGAAACUUUAUACAAAAGCAAGUUGAAGAGCAACAGGAUAGGAAUGAAGGGAACGAGCCAUUUACGGAAUUGGUAAGAGAUUUCUUAGCGCCAGCAGAUUUUUAUACCCUUUUGAAAAAGUAUGGAAUGGACUUUUAUUGUGGCGUUCCAGAUUCUCUACUUAAAGACUUUUGCGCGUAUAUUGCUAAUAAUUCGGAUUCGAAGAAACAUGUUAUUACCUCAAAUGAGGGAACAGCAGUUUCUCUAGCAGCUGGAUAUCAUAUGGCCACUAAUAAAUACGGUGUCGUUUAUUUACAGAAUUCUGGUUUAGGUAACAUUAUUAAUCCCAUAAUGUCGUUAGCAACACCUUCUGUUUAUAGUAUUCCAAUGUUAAUACUUAUUGGAUGGAGAGGCGAACCAGGAAAGAGAGAUGAACCGCAGCACAAUGUUCAAGGAGCAGCUACGCCUGGUAUUCUAGCGUCCGUUGGAAUACCUUUUCAACCUUUGCCUGACUAUUUGGAAGGAGCUGAACAUGUUAUCGAAACAGCUUGUCACCAUAUGGUCACUACGAAAAGUCCAUACUGUUUGCUGGUAAAGAGACAAACAUUUCUACCUUACCAGCUAAAAUCUAAGAAGAAAAAUGAAUCAGCUGUUCUUAACCGAGAAGAAGUAAUAAAGUUAAUUGCGGAUCGAAUAGGAGAGACCGAUAUUGUAGUUGGAACAACUGGAAUGCUUUCUAGGGAACUUUAUGAAUAUAGAGAUGCAAAAAAUGAGGGACACGAAAGGGACUUUUAUACUGUUGGCUCUAUGGGUCACGCCUCUUCAAUUGCCCUGGGAAUUGCCAUGCAAAAGCCACAUCGUAACGUUUUCUGCUUGGAUGGAGACGGAGCAGCUAUCAUGCAUAUGGGAUCCUUAGCAACAGUUGGACAAAGUGGAUGCAAAAAUUAUAAACAUAUUAUAUUUAAUAACGGAGGUCAUGAUAGCGUAGGAGGACAGCCUUCAGAUGCCUCUAGCGAUUCAUUUUCAUUCACUCAUAUAGCUAUGGGAAGUGGAUAUCGCGAAGCGUGGGUUUCUACUACCGAAGAACAAAUUAUCAAUUCAAUUACGAGAAUGAUGCAACUUGACGGGCCAGUACUAUGUGAAAUUAAGUGUAAGAUGGGGUCUAGAAAGGAUUUGGGACGUCCUACGACAACACCAUUAGAAAAUAAGCAUGAUUUUAUGAGAUUUUUGAAAAAUUAUUAA